AUGACCGCUAGCAGCGCCCCGCUGGCGGCCUGGUUGGUGCCGCGGCAGCCCUGGUCCAGCCAUAGCAGCACCUCGCAGCCCUGGAUCUGCCCCACAAAGGCCAGGAAGGCCGCAAACCAGCGGUCGGUCUGCCAGUUGCGGCGCCAGAGCAGGGCCGACAGGGCGCAGACCGUUGCAUACGAGGCCAGGGACACCCGCAGCGACCAGCACAUGGCGGCGAGGCCUGCCUGGUGGCAGCUGGCUCAGACGGCGAUACCGGGUGCUUGCUUGCCUUGCCGAGGAGCGGCGCGAAGUGAUGGCGAGUGCACUCGCUCGUUUGAGGAAGCGGUGAUGCAAUCAGAAGGGAAGGACACGAUUGCGGCGUUGCGGAGGACAGGGGGUUGGGAGAGAGACCUGUUGUCUCACGCUGCCAAAUCACUGCUCCUGCCUCAGCUCGGCAGGCGCAAGGUCAAGUUACAUCGCUCGUAUAUUGGUGGGCACAACAGCAUGGGCCAUCAAGGCAAGACAACCGGAUGGGUACGUGGCCCGCAAUCGACACAGCUACCGAAACAACGACUCCCUGACGACAAAAACCCGCAGGGCACAGCAGGGCAUGCAGCCCAUUCACUCACGGAAGCAGAAAAUGUGCGGAAGGACAAGGCGGGCAAGGGGGGUGGGGGCGCGGAGGCUCCCCGCGCCCAAGAGGAGACGAGGCAUGAAAGGGGGCCAGGCCCGGCUGGGGACUGGGCAACAAAGUGCUUUCGGUAGAGGGAUUGGAGUACAUGAUUAAAAUCAAUGCGAUGGGGCGCUGCAGGGGAGGGGUGAACAGGAUAGAUGGCGUCCGCCGGUGGGGCGGGGGCGCCGUAUGGUCGUUCCGGGGGGUCCGCGGCAGGGCUGAGGCGGCAUGGCCCGGGUCGGGAUUGGGGGUUUGCUAGUGAUGGGGGCGGGUGGAGGUGGGGCUGGGGCCGUGCGUGUGUAAUCGUGCGCGUGGUGGCCCUGCAGCAGCAGCUUCCUUGCUUACUGGUGCUGGCCAGAGGCGGCAAAGCUGCGACUGACCACCACCUUCUCAAGGGGGCUGUGCGCCGCCACCUGCUGCUGCUGCUUCUCCUGCUCCAGGGCCGCCAUGGACAUCAUGCCUGCAGCAGAUGAGGCGGGACGGGCGAGGAUGAGGCACUUAUGCGAGCAAGGGAGGAGCCCGGCGAGCCUGGGCGGCAGCACGAGGCCUUGCCUGCUGCGUUAGAGCAGGCCAGGGGGCAGGCAGGCAGAGGCCUGGCACAAACCCAAACAGGCAAGGGGGUAUUUAGGGGUGGGGGCGGGUUGUCCCGUUGCGGCUGCGGGUGCGGCGGCGCGACUCACCCACGCCGGAGCCAACAGCCACACCCGCGCCGACCAGGGCCACCAGGGACAGGAUGGACAGGGACACGGAGAUGUUCUGGGAGAGCACCAUGGUGGCUGGGUGGGUGUCU